CCUGGAGCACUCCGACUGCUCCUUCAUGGUGGACAACGAGGCCAUCUACGACAUCUGCCGCAGGAACCUGGACAUCGAGCGUCCCACCUACACCAACCUGAACCGGCUCAUCAGUCAGAUCGUGUCCUCCAUCACCGCCUCCCUCCGCUUGGAGUUCCAGACCAACCUGGUGCCGUAUCCCCGGAUCCACUUCCCUCUGGCCACCUACGCCCCCGUCAUCUCGGCGGAGAAGGCCUACCACGAGCAGCUGACCGUAGCUGAAAUCACCAAUGCCUGCUUCGAGCCGGCCAACCAGAUGGUGAAGUGCGACCCUCGCCACGGCAAGUACAUGGCCUGCUGCCUGCUGUACCGCGGAGACGUGGUGCCCAAAGACGUCAACGCCACCAUAGCAACCAUCAAAACCAAGCGCAGCAUCCAGUUCGUGGACUGGUGCCCCACUGGCUUCAAGGUGGGCAUCAACUACCAGCCCCCCACCGUGGUUCCCGGGGGAGACCUGGCCAAGGUGCAGAGGGCUUUUUGCAUGCUGAGCAACACCACCGCCAUCGCCGAGGCCUGGGCUCGGCUCAACCACAAGUUUGACCUGAUGUACGCCAAGCGGGCCUUCGUCCACUGGUACGUGGGGGAGGGGAUGGAGGAGGGGGAGUUCUCCGAGGCCCGGGAGGACAUGGCGGCUCUGGAGAAGGAUUACGAGGAGGUGGGAGUUGACAGCGUUGAUGAUGGAGGAGAGGAAGAGGCAGGGGAACAUUAA